AUGACAACGGAGAUUGAUUCGCUCGAGAGGCUCAAGCUGGUUCAAAUUGGCGAUAUGGUGUAUGAUGUGGUGGCUGAGAAAAAAGGUUCAAAAUAUUCCAGUUUCAAAUUAGAGUCUUAUAAAUGUACAGAGGAAUCUGCUGCCUUGGAGGUGCAUAGUUUGCUGGCAAGCUCAGAGUUGGUGGUCAUCGAUUCGAUCUGUUCGGGUGUAGGAAGGACAGGACAAAAUGAUUUCUAUAAUAACGUGAUGAAACCUGUUUUCAAAGAGGCAAACUUCAAACAUAAAUAUAUAAGAACCGAGGGCGAAGAUUCAAUCAAGGAUCUUGCAACAAAGUUUGAGGCUUCCAAGGAUUACACCAUAAUAUUUCUGUCGGGUGAUACAAGUGUUUCGGAGUUUAUAAACAAUCUAACAAAGGUGCAGAAAGAAAACUUCAUUUCAUGUAGUGAAAAUAAGAGACAAAUGAAUAUAUUUACAAUCCCAUUAGGGACUGGUAAUGCUUUAGCAAGUUCUAUUCAUUUAAGUUCACCGCAUCAAGUUUUCCAAAAAUUCUUGAACAAUGAAUUAAUAAUUAAAGACUUUCCAUUGUAUACAGUAACAUUACCAAACAAAAAGACAAUUAUUUUCUUUAUUAUAUUCUCAAUGGGGUUCCAUGCAAACCUAUUGCAUGCCUGUGACUCAGAUGAAUAUCAAAAAAUGGGUACUGAAAGGUUUGCUAAAGCCAGUGAAAAUAUCUUUAAAAACUAUGACCUAAAUAUUGGACUUACAACAAAAAAUGGCUCAGAAAGUAUUAGUAGAAAUUAUGCAUACUUUGCCAUUAUUAACACUCCAAAUUUGGAAUUGAAUUAUAUGCCUUCGCCAGAUUCAGAUGUGUUCAAAAAUGAAUUACAUUUACUGGGUUAUGAUGCAAGUUUAUCAACGGAAAAGCUAGUUAAUAAAAUUAUGGCGGGCUAUAGUUAUAAGGAACGGGAGAAAAUUAAUAAUAAAGAUAAUCUAACAUAUUACUACCCAGUUAACUUAUCAGGUACUGGGCUCCAAAUAAUAUUGGAAACCGACUCAGAUAAAAAGUUAGAAAAAUAUAAGUAUGAUAUUUGCUGCGAUGGAUUAUUGCUAAAUCUAGAUGAUAUUAAUAAUCAACAUGGCGUGGCAGAAUCAAAUAAGAAUAAAAUAACGAUUUCUAAAUUUCCAAAUGAUUUGAAUUUUCAAUUGAAUCUUUUUGCUUGA